UGCACUUCUGGAUACAGUUCACACCCUGCUCUCAAUAUCUCCGAAGCUAAAGUCAGCGUUCACCAGGUCCUCUGCUGUCGCCUUUCUUACCAUCGACGCCUGUGU